AUGAGGCUUGUUAUAGCAUCAUCUUCGCCGGAAAAUCACACCGAUGAUCUUUUUCCCGCCGGAGGGUUUCUGAAACCUGGUUUCUUCGUCACCCUUCUCUUCCUCGUCAAUGUCUCCGUCGACAAAUCCAACCCUCGAAUCUCCUCGGCCAUCGCUUUCAUCUUCCUCUCGUGUUUGCCCAUCUCGGCCCUUCAGCUCUUCGUCCUUGUUUUUCCCCGACUCGAAGACUGGCUACCGAAGAUUUUCUACCGAAGCUCCGUCGUCGUGAAGAAUCCGACCAACGAGGUUGAGACCGUUCUGUGUGCGUUCCCUUUGCUCGGGACUAUGGUGUUCGCGGUCUUCGGGGCCGUGUACUCAGUUGUCUUUGUCCUGUCUUGUUGGAAACUGAUGUCUCUGGUCAUAAACAAGGCACUGAGGAUCAGAAUCUAUGUCUUGACAAUGGCGGUCCUCGUGACACUUCCGGUGGAGAUUGUGUUUUUGGGGUUAUCUGUUCUAUGGAAACCGGAGAGAGCUUCAUCUGAGAUCUCGGCUUUCGUCGCUUUCUUGAGCAUGUUGAUCUGUGCGGUCGCCGGGCAGGAUAUUUUGGUAAUUAGACCGAUCACCGACUCCUUGACGGCAGAGACCGACGGUCUCUGGUGGUCAACCCGCCAACCGGAAGAUCGCCAAGAGAGUGCCGUGUAA